UCAGGUUAUGUUUGUAAUAUCAUGUCACUUUGGAAAACAAUGUUUAAAACUUUAAAUUGUUUAUAGGGAGCAAAUUGAUCAUUUUGCCAAAGUACAGGGAUCAUUAUUGAAAGAAGGAUGGUUUGAGGGUGGCGGGAGUAGUAACUUAAAUUAACGGUUAGCAAUAUGCCACGUCCUCGUAGGCAUAUCCUGAUCAAUAAACGGUGUUGCUUUGCUGCUAAUGUCCAUACAGAGCUCUGUCCAGAAGGGGAAAAAUGGCGUUUCACCUUUCUUCUCCCUCACCCUCCGCAAUCACAGGUCUCUCUGCUCAAUCAAACGUUCCACAUGGUCUACGCCCCAAUUUGAAGUUAGUAAGCUAUCGUGUGCGAUCUAGCUUAGAAUCCGAGAGCUCCUCUGCAGAUGCUCCAGACACCUCGCUGGAACCUAUCACCACAAAGACUCAAAACCCAUCGACAUCAAGAAGACUAUGUCUAGCAUGUUUAGCUUCGUCCUUUGCUUUGAUAAGCAAUUCGACUAGUUCCCAUAUUGAGGCCAAGGCAAUUGCUUCUGAUGCCAAAGAAAGACCAGGGUGUCGAAACUGUGGGGGUAGUGGUGCUAUUAUAUGUGAUAUGUGUGGUGGUACAGGAAAAUGGAAAGCUUUAAACAGAAAACGGGCUAAAGAUACGUAUGAAUUCACUGAAUGCCCCAACUGUUACGGUCGCGGAAGGCUUGUGUGUCCUGUUUGUUUAGGUACUGGUUUACCCAACAACAAAGGUCUUCUUAGGAGGCCUGAUGCCCGACAAUUGCUUGAUAAGAUGUAUAACGGACGCCUACUUCCAAACUCUUAGGGGUCAUUUGGCUCUUGGAUUAUUGUUGAAUUUGGGAUAUAGAAGAGCAGAGGCUACUCUUUAUUUACGGUACGUGUAUAGAAUCCGCUUGAGGCCAAAAAUCAAAUCGUUUUUGCAAGAUGCAUCUUUAACCCGAGCUGCUGUUGAGAUGUUGAACACGAGAUCCGGCUUGCUUCAUCUAUAAGCGACAAUUUUAAUAUGUAUGAAAGCAGGGUUGGAAAUCUGCUGCUACUUUCUAAAGGAUUAGCUUCUAUAGAUAUGUUCUUGCUAGGUUCUGAAGUUGCAUAUGUGAAAACAUGAUUCUGCACUUAAAAGAAUGGAAAUUUGAUGUUUUUACAUGCUUUUCGCAUUUUGAAC